AUGGAAAACAAGCAUCUUGCCGGGCUCAUAGAGAGACAAGACACACCUUUGAGAACGAGGCCUGCCUCGCCCUACACUCUGAAUCCACCAGUGGAAGCAGAUGGGUUGUCAUGGCCAUCUCUCGGCUCCAGAGUCCGCUCGGAAGAGUCGCCGGAAGAAACUCAGCAAAGAACUGACCGCAUCGCGGAAGCAGUCAAGGUCAUUCUGUCAGAAUUGGGUGAAGACGUGUCCAGAGAAGGGUUGUUGGAGACGCCUCAGCGGUACGCCAAGGCAAUGAUGUACUUCACCAAGGGUUACCAGCACAAUAUUAUCAACGACGUGAUCAAAAACGCUGUUUUCGAGGAGGAUCACGAUGAAAUGGUGAUUGUGCGCGAUAUAGAGAUAUAUUCUCUGUGUGAGCAUCAUUUGGUGCCUUUCUUUGGCAAGGUUCACAUCGGCUACAUUCCCAACAAGAAGGUACUGGGUUUAAGUAAGCUGGCGCGCCUUGCUGAGAUGUACGCGCGCAGACUGCAAGUGCAAGAGCGGCUGACGAAGCAAAUCGCAAUGGCAUUAAGCGAAAUAUUGAAGCCAAGAGGUGUGGCAGUGGUUAUUGAAGCUGCUCACAUGUGCAUGGUGUCUAGGGGCGUUCAAAAGACAGGGUCUUCAACCAUGACGUCGUGUAUGCUGGGCUGUUUUAGGGAAGCCCACAAGACCAGGGAAGAAUUCCUCAAUCUGCUGAAUAGGAGAAGCAUAUAG